AUGAAGCAUACUUAUAAAGUUAAACGGGAUUUAUGGAGUAUAUGUAAGAAAAUUCGAGAGGUAGUCAAUUUCAUCAAAUUUAAUUUUUGGGACUAUUACUCAAUUUAUGAUAUAAAAAACACUGGAUUUGUAACCGUUUUCAAAUUCAAAAAUGCAUUAUCUGGACCAUUAAAAUCUAUUAUUGAUUUAAAUGAUGAGGAAAUACAAUUUUUAGUCAGCUAUUUUGAAAAUUCCAAUGGACAAGUACCGUAUGGACAAUUUUGCGAAAUUAUACAUGAAUCAGGCCUACCAAAAAAUAAAGAUGAAUUGAACUGGGUGAAAAAUAAUGACCCACAAUCAAUUUUUAUUGAUGUAAUUAUAGAAGACAAAAUUAAAGAAAAAGGUACGAGAUUAUACACUAAUCAAAAUGUUUAUCAUCCAUUAAUAGCAAAUAAAACACAUAAAAAGGAUAAUGUAUUAACAAUAUUCAGAAACCUUCAAAAAUCUGUUUUUGAAAAUCGAAUUAAUGUUGGACAAUUUUUUCAAACAUUUGAUCCUGAUUCAAAAGGACAUGUAACUGAAACACAAUUCCGCAGGUGUUUAGACAUGAUAGGUGUUAGUUCAUUAGGUAAAAUAUACUAUCCAGAGAAAGAAUUAUUUACACUGUUGCUUAUGUAUAAAGAUAAAGAAUGUCCUGAAAGAAUCAACUGGAAACAAUUUGAAGAUGAAAUAAAUACUGGUAUAGUGAAACGAGGAAGAGUUAAUCUUAAUCAGUUUUUGAAUCAAUUUGAUCUUUUAAAUCAUAAAGUCAUGUCAAAAGAUACUUUGCAACGUGGAUUAGAUAUGGCAGGCAUUAAACUCGAUUCAAUUGAACUUGAAAUUUUAAUAAAUGAAUUUGAAUCGAAAACACACUCAGGUCAAGUGGAUUAUCAUCGUUUUUGUAACAUAGUUGAGGAAGCAUUCACCACAUUAGGUCUAGAUCAAAAUACGUUCUUGGAUCCCAAUGAAUAUUUAACUUCAUAUGAAGGUGUAAGUAAUUAUUUAAAUGACGAACAAAGAAGUGCUGUCGAUUCUGCUUUGAAAAAAUUGCGUAGCAAACCAAAUAUCGGCUUAGAUGACUUGUUCAAGGAUCACGAUAAACAUCGUCAAGGAAUUGUGUCGAAUCAAGAAUUUUUAAAUGUUUUGACUGUUUGCAAAUUGAACAUGUUGUUGUCAAUUUAUGAAGAUCGAAUGCAAACUAUUACUCGUGCCAAAAAAUCUGUACAAUAA